UUUAUUUUAAGACAUCAAAUAAAUAGCGCAUUCAUCACUUUUCUUUCGAUAAAUUGUUCUAAUUUCAAUAGAUGCAAACGUAGUAUAAAAAUUCAUAAUCAUUUUUUAUAAAUAAUAUUUUUGUGUUUGAGUGUACCGGUGAUUUUUGUAUUAUAAAUUGGAUGGACUCGGCCAUUCUGUUGUGAAUGUCUGACAGAUCGCGUCUUUCAUUAAAAAAAAUUGUUGAAUAUAAAAAUUUUGUAAAAAUUUAAUAAACUAAAAGUGUUGUGAAUAUGUGGCAUUAAGAACGAAAUGUUUGUGAAUUCGUUAAUAAAUUAAAAUACAUUUAUAUUAAGUAAAUAUUGUUAGUUAUUUAAGUGUUUCAAAAAUGUACGCAAAGGGGAAAGGCUCUUCCGUACCAUCAGAUGCACAAGCACGUGAAAAAUUGGCAUUAUACGUUUACGAAUACCUUUUACACGUUGGCGCACAAAAAGCAGCACAAACAUUUUUAUCAGAAAUCCGAUGGGAGAAAAAUAUAACACUUGGUGAACCACCAGGUUUCUUACAUUCAUGGUGGUGUGUAUUCUGGGAUCUAUACUGUGCAGCACCAGAACGUCGGGAUACAUGUGAACAUUCAUCAGAAGCAAAAGCAUUUCAUGAUUAUGGUUUUGUUAAUUCUGGAUAUGGUGUAAAUGGUAUAGCACAUAAUGCAGGACCAGCACCAAGUCCAUUGGGUCAAAUGCCACCAAACGAUGGAAUGCCUGGUGGUCCAAUGCCACCGGGAUUCUUUCCAAAUUCAACUAUGCGUCCUUCACCACCCACACAUCCAUCCAGCCAACCAUCACCACAUCCACAGCCACCACCUCCACAUAGUCAAAUGAUGCAAAGUCAGCCAUUUAUGGGACCACGAUAUCCAACUGGUCCUCGACCUGGCGUACGUAUGCCACAGUUAGGAAAUGAUUUCAAUGGUCCACCUGGUCAACCUAUAAUGCCCAACAGUUUAGAUCCAACAAGGCAAGGAGAAGGUGGUGAGUUUGUUGGAUGGCAAGGACCUGGUAUGGCUGGCAUGAAUCCAAGAAUGAAUCCACCAAGAGGCCCUGGAGGAAUGGGUCCAAUGGCACCAGGUCAAUAUGGAGCUGGCCCAGGAGGUAUGCGGGGACCACCACCAGGUGGAGCUGGCCCUGGUCCAGGAGGAAUGCCGCCAAUGUCAAUGGCUGGUCCUGGUGGACGUCCACAAUGGCAGCCGAACACAUCAACGCCUAUGAAUUAUUCAUCAUCAUCACCAGGUAAUUAUGGCGCGCCACCUGGAUCUGCUGGUCCACCGGGACCAGGCACUCCAAUAAUGCCCAGUCCUCAAGACUCUUCAAAUUCAGGUGGUGAAAAUAUGUACACAUUAAUGAAACCGGCGCCAGGUGGUAACAUGGGAAAUGACUUCCCAAUGGGUGGUGGUCCAGAUGGCAGUGCAAUGGGUCCAAUGGGGCCAAACACGAUGGGUCCUGUUCUAAAUAGUGAUGGUCUUGAAGGUAUGAAAAAUUCACCGGCAAAUGGUGGUCCAGGCACACCACGAGAAGAUAGUGGCAGUGGGAUGGGUGAUUACAAUUUAUCUGGUUUUGGUGGUCCAGGUGAAAAUGAUCAAACUGAAUCAGCAGCUAUAUUAAAAAUAAAAGAAAGUAUGCAAGAAGAAGCAAAAAGAUUUGAAAAGGAUUCGGAUCAUCCUGAUUAUUUUAUGAAUUAAAUAUAAGCAAUUUUUUCUGAUAAAUGGAAUUCGUAACUUACAAAUCGGUUUUAUAGUUUAUUAUAGAAUAAUUCAGAAAAUGCGUGUUCGAUGAGAGAGUAUUAUGGGUGUAGGUGCCGAGUGAAUAAUUGUGUUUUUGGGAAUAAUUAAAUUAUAUUUCUUUUUAAAAAUAAAUUUUAUUGAGUAUUAUUGAUUAGUAAUGAGUAUUACUGUUCUACAUUAAUAUAUAUAGUAUGUAAAUGUACUUUGUUCGGCAAAUAUACAGUUUUUUGAAAUAUA